ACUUCCCGCGCAAUGGCGAUGCAGAAUCUGAGAUUCAGGGGAUCUUACACCCUGCCUCAGCUCGGUCACGAAUGCUACGCUCUACACCAGCCAGGCCAACCAUAUUCAUGUUCUGAACCAGGUUUAUCCGACCCCACCUCUUGGGACUAGAACAAGUGAUGCCACCCUCGUCAUUGAAGCGAUGUACAGUGAGGAAUCAAAAGAUCAGACGAUUCCUUCGUGUGUAACAUUUCCCUCAUUCCGCCAGCUUUCCUCGGCAGUCGACUAAAUGAUGUGUGUGUGGUGGCGGUGUUACUGCACUAGAUGUAGAAGGUGCAGUUAGCUAUGUCGACACAAUCCGAUGAACAUAUUCAAAGACGCUCUGUGCUUUGCCGUGUGAAGCUCGAUUCUGGCUUUACACCUAGGCUUUCUCCUCAACUCUGCGGUGAUGUACUUUUCGCAAGCUUAGAGCUCGUGCAAUGACGACAAAGUCCGUGUACCGCAAAUGCAGCAAAGUCAACCAUUAUUCCUUAUUGGCUAUCCCGCAAGUUCUCUGGAUAUAUUAGCACAUUCAUGGCAGACUGAGCAGACGCAUCGGUACAAGACGCAGAAUGAUCAUCACCAAACGGGUCCUCCCUUUAGUCUUGGUGGCAAUUCCAGUUCUAAGCCUGAAUUCUAGCUUCAAACUUCACGCUGUCAUUGAGGAUACUAAGGUACAUAACGGCAUGAAGGGCGUUGGCCACAAUCAAUUUAUGGGAAAGGCCGCGGUUACGACAAAUUCAUUGCCUCCUUUGAUAACACCAGAACCUACUCUGAAAAUCACAAAAUUAGCCCAGCAUAAUCGUAUCCGAGAGGCUUUGCCACCUCCUCCCCCUCCACCGGGCGGCAACAACGGGUUUUCAGCCAGCUUGUCGUCUCAAAUAUCAUCUAGUUUGUCGACCCAAUUGUCUUCCAGCUUAUCGACUCAAUUAUCGUCCAGCCUAUCAGCUCAAUCCUCAUCUAGCUUGUCGGCUGCGAUAUCAAGCGCUUCGCAAAGUGCCCAAAGUGCGAUUGAUGCCGCCAAGUCCAGUGCUUCGCAAAGCGCGCAGAGUGCCAUUGAAUCCGCACAGGCCAGUGCUUCUUCUGUGGUGAGUAGUGUUCUAUCUGCUACGACAGGUACGUCUCUUACGACAAGUACGUCUCUCACGGCAAGUACGACUACUACGGAAAGUUCGACUGCUACGAGAAGUACGACCUCUACCCUGGCGAGCACUUUAUCCACCGUAAGGAGUACAUCACAAGUCGCAGAGUAUACCUCUCCUAUUGGCUAUACCUUGAGUCCAGAGUCUGGCGGCUUAAAUCUUAGUGGGGGUCAGUUGGCAGGCAUCAUAGUAGGCGUGUUUCUGGUGUCGUCUUUUUCGUCUAUCUUGGCUACAUACUUUUUGCUUCGUUAUAGACGAAAACGAGCCGUGAUCAAUAGUACUCCUGGCCCGUCAGAUAAGGCCAGAAGACAGUGGCCGUGGCCAUCAUUUCGCAGGAUCCGAGGUGAUGCAGGCUCAACAAAUCAUCCCGCAAAUUUAUCACUUGGCCACUAUCAGUUCCGCAACGGAUUUCGUUCCAUGUUGAGACCAGAGAUACGGUGCCCAACCCGCGAGAAGUCUCCCGUCAGCGAAGUUCCCUUACCGUCUCCAUUGGGUCCUGGUUCACCAAACGACCAAAUUCUUCCCGUCUCUCCUAUGUCAGAGAGACAGCUCGGUGGCUCCAGUCGCGAGCGGCCGCUCAGUGUACGGUUUCCAUUUCUCGGAAACAGCACGCGCAGACGCUCUAGCUCUGAAAUUAGUGAUGAAACGCCCAUCAAAUUCAUGAUUUCAAGAAAUAGGACUCAAUCUGGGACUCAGCAGAUGCACCUUGUCCGUGUAGGCAGAAAAGAAAUCGCCGCUAGGCAGUUGCCCAACUUGCGGACAACAGCUAUGCUCCCAUCGCAAAAUAGAGCACCGGAUCGUGCAAUAUCGAGCCUACCAUCUCCUCCCAGUAUCCCGUUGCGUUUCAGCAGUCUGAAUGCUUACAACGCUCCUGGCCCGCAAGGUCCAGCCAGCUCUGUUGGCGACGAUGCGACUUUCCUUCUUACCACAGACGAUGAGUCGGCAGACCCCAUCCCUGAGCCCGCGCAUAGCCUAGCCAGGUCCGGGUCUUCACAAUUCAGCAUAAUCAAUCAAGAUCUCACCCAAUUUGACCCAGGUGGCGGUCUCGGCCAGCAGCAGCAGCAGCAGCCUAUAUCUCGGUUCUCAGUGUCAACCGUGCCGCCACCAUCCUUGGAUCACUCGGGCUCAUCGAGCUCACCUGUCGCAGAUCAACAACAGCACCCAGAAUUGAUGACAGCGCUGCGCCCAGUGCCCCCGAGCCCCUCACAGCUACGGGCUCCCGUCCCGAGGCGACUUCACCUGGUGCCCAACAUCGGCCUCGCUACGUCGUUUUACGGGGGCGAGUCUUCAGACCCUGAGACACAUAGUUCAGAAAAUGGACGAUGAUAAAGAGGGAUAUUUUAAAUGUAUAUAGUUAUGCAGAUUGUAUAGCAUGAAGGUCGCAUUCGUUUAUGAUACCAAUCUUCAAUAUACCCACUAUGAAUCAAAGCCCGUUUCCAUACUUUGUGUAACACAGCUCACGAGCUUUU